UGCGUCUCAAUCCGCUUAAAGAGUGUCCGAAUGCAGCUUCGUAUGUGGUAACUUGGAUGGUUGCUGCGCUGGCCGAGGAUUUGGUCCGUUUCAUUGCAGAAGUCACAAUGCAAAAAUUGAAACAAAUUGUGUUGCCCGAUAUAGAUCCUAAAAUAUGGAUCCGUUAUAUGGACGAUAAAUUUGUGAUCAUCAAAAGAAGCGAACUACAAAUGCCAGUUGCUCUUUCUGUUGAUGAAUACCGGACGCCACCGUUCUACAGCUUCGACACCGCUUUGCUGCAGUCCAAACCUCACGUUAACCCGGGAGAACCCUGUCGUGUUUACCAUGCACUGGCGUCAUCACUGAGUUGGAUUUAUAUUACGGGUGGGGAGUCGGAGGAUGGGGAAAUUAUAGAUCAGGCAGCACCGGACCCACCGGCUGCUGCUGCCGCGGCAGCUGCCGCCGCAGCCUGUAAGGCUGCUGUAGAACCGGUUAUACCAGCAGCGAUGCCCGGAUUGAGCUGUAACGCAGCCGCAUUCAACGAAGAAAUACCGAUUGGAGAGGCCUGUAGACGCGCCAGCAGCU